AUGGUAAAUAAGCUUGAUACUAAAAGAAGAGGAGGUAAAUUUGGCUUAAAGAUUGAUAUUACUCAAGCCUAUGACUCUCUCAGCUGGAAUUUUCCGUUUCAAGUCAUGAGCAAAUUUGGUUUUACUGAUAAAGGAAUUUAUUGGCUUCAAAUACUUCUUAAAUCAGCAAGAAUUUUUGUAUUAGUAAAUGGUGGACCAGAGGGUUAUUUUCAAGUGGAAAGGGGAUUGAGUCAGGGUGGUGUUAAGUCAUUUCAUGUAUGGAACUGUGUUAAGAUGAUGCAUGAAAUACUUGUAGGAUGGAAAGUAUAUAGAUGGCCAAAAAGAAUAUUGAAGGAAUGUCAGAGGAUUAUCAAGAACUUUUUAUGGACUGAUGAUCCAUCUCAAAGAAAACAAGUAACUUUAAAAUGGAAACCAUUAAGUGAAGGUGGUCUGGGAAUAAGAAGGUUGGAAGUAAUUAAUAAAUCUUUAUUAAUGAAGCUAUUUUGGAAGAUUCAAAAUGGAACAGAGGAAUGGGAUAAGUUUUUUCAAGCUAAGUUCCAGAAUAAAAAGGGUGAUGGAUUACUCAUUACAAGAAAUCAUCCAUAUGGCAAGGAAUAA